UCGGAACCUGAGCAAAGGUCUAGAUUAAAAUAAAAUUAAAUUAUAAUACAGAGUAUUAGUUACAUUAACUUAACGAUUUUUACAUAAUUAAAUAAAUCAACUAAAUAAAAAUUGAAUUAUAUGAAAUAAAAAAAUAAAAAAUAAAAGUAAAAAAAUGUCAACAAGUUGUGUGAGUACGGCCGUGAGAAAGUAAGGAGGACGUGCAAAAAUUGGGAAGCACGUCUCAGAUAAAAAUUUGGGGGUAGGACUAGGGGCGUGGAAGCAUGCAUUGGCAUUUAGCGGUUAGAGACAUCAACCGAAUUUCGCGCCCAACUACUCAAAUUCUUUCUCAUCAAACACCCCUUUCUCCACCGUUGACACCCAUUACAUUUUCCCUUUCUCUCUCUUCUUUCUCUCUCCUCUCCAUUUCAAUUUCUUGCAAUCAAUCUAUCAAUUAAUUUUCUGGAACAAAGAUUCUUCAUCUUUUCGUACGAAUUUAUUGGGAAUUUGACUUGCUGAAUAUAGGCUACGGUUAAAGUUUAAUAUUGGAAUAAAAAAAAAUAUUAACAACUAAGAUCAUUUGUGUGUUGAGAAACCUACUGCACCAACAACUUGAAUAAUGUUCUGCUGUGGAGGCACAGAAGAGGAAAACGCAGGCCCUCCGGCUCAUUACACCGCCCCUCCUAGAGGAAAUAAUCCUGUUGGUGGUGGGGAUAGAGGAGAGCCGAAAACUGGUAAUGGAACAAGAAGUGGAGCGCCAGUAAAAGCUUUGCCAAUAGAAUUGCCAGCUGUGCCAUUGGAUGAACUAAACAAAUCUACCAACAACUUCAGUCAGAAAACUCUGGUUGGAGAAGGUUCUUAUGGAAGGGUUUUCCAUGGAAAGUUAAACAACGGCCUAGAGGCUGCAAUAAAGAAAUUGGACACGAGUUCUGCACAGGAUUCAGAUUCUGACUUUGCAGCUCAGUUGUCGAUUGUUUCAAGACUAAAGCAUGAGCAUUUUACGGAGCUUAUGGGUUAUUGUUUGGAACAAAAUAACAGAAUAUUGGUCUAUCAGUACGCAACAAUGGGCUCUUUACAUGAUGUAUUACAUGGAAGGAAAGGAGUACAAGGUGCAGCACCAGGGCCUGCACUAACAUGGGCACAAAGAGUAAAAAUUGCCUUUGGAGCUGCAAAAGGUCUAGAGUACCUGCAUGAGAAGGUGCAGCCUUCUAUUGUUCACCGAGAUGUUAGAUCUAGCAAUGUCCUGUUGUUUGAUGACUUCUUGUCAAAAAUAGCUGACUUCAACCUGACAAGUGCUUCUUCAGAGACAGCAGCUCGUUUGCACUCAACUAGAGUCCUGGGAACAUUUGGUUACCAUGCUCCUGAGUAUGCAAUGACGGGGCAAAUAACUCAGAAAAGUGAUGUUUACAGUUUUGGUGUUGUUCUUCUUGAGCUUUUGACUGGAAGAAAGCCGGUAGAUCAUACUAUGCCAAAAGGGCAACAAAGUCUUGUCACUUGGGCAACUCCUCGGUUGAGUGAGGACAAAGUGAAACAAUGUGUUGACCCCAAGCUUAAUGACAAUUACCCACCAAAAGCAGUAGCUAAGAUGGCAGCAGUAGCAGCCUUAUGCGUUCAGUACGAAGCUGACUUUAGACCCAACAUGACGAUUGUGGUUAAGGCUCUGCAGCCUCUUCUGAAUGCAAAUAAACCAGCAGUCGCCGAUGCACAAGCAUGAUUACUACAAUGAGAUACCAAGAUAUUUCACUAUGCCCAUGAUUUUUUCUUUUUUUGUGCUCCUUUUGUGUAACUCUUACGUUUAUUAUUUCUUCAUUUAGACAUUUGAUGCAGAAAACAGUUCGGUUCAGAAUCACUGAGUAUUAAGAAUCAGUAUUUCUUCAUUGCCAUUUACACGUUUUUGUGGGGGGCAUCAUCAAGUCUUGUUCAUUUAGGCAGAUAAUUUCUCCUAGUCAAAUCUUUUGUGUAAGAUAAAAUAUUUAUCAAAUUUCAAAGGGCACGCGCGCAUUCUCUUGAUUUGUGAAUAAAUGAGUCACACAGCCGGUUAAAACACCCUUUAUCUACUUUAAAUGUUUUAGUUUUGUGUUCUGUGCAGCAUAAGAUCCUGUUAUUUCUCAACUCUACAAUGCUUUCAGUUUUCUCUUUUUUUCCCACUGUUUCCUUUUUUAAUGAA